UUAUUGUGGGCGUGUCUAGCGACUGCAGAAACAAAAUAUCGCAUCGUCUCCCGAGAGUCACAUGACCGACCAUCAUGGCCGACGAAAAGGCAAAGUUGGAGCUGUUGCUCACAAAGGUAACAAACCCUGCACUUGAGGAGGAAGACUGGGAGGCAAUAGUUGCAUUCUGUGACCAAGUAAACCAUGAGCUGGAGGGCCCUCAGUUUGCCAUUCGACUCUUAGCUCAUAAAAUUCAGUCACCUACAGAGCGAGAAGCCCUCUAUGCACUUAGUACUUUAGAAGCAUGUGUGAAAAACUGUGGAAGAGCAUUUCAUCAAGAGAUUGGAAAAUUUAGAUUUUUGAAUGAAGUCAUCAAAGUAGUGUCACCUAAGUAUCUUGGAGGACGAACCACAGAAAAGGUCAAGAAACGUUGCAUUGAACUGCUGUAUAGUUGGCACAAAGGCUUACCACAUGAGGCCAAGAUAGGGGAUGCCUAUAAGAUGUUAAGGGAGCAAGGUAUUGUCAAACAAGACCCAACCUACAUGGACAAGACUUUUGAUCCUUUCCCACCUCCAAAACCUCGCAAAGCUGAUUUCGAAGAUGAUGAAAAAUCUAGGGCUUUCAGGACUCUCAGACCAGUGUACAAUCAGACUCUUUCUCGUCUAUUAAAAAGCAAAAAUCCUGAAGACCUUCAAGCUGCCAACAGGCUUAUCAAGAAUAUGGUCAAAGAGGAUGCUGAAAAAUCAGAGAAGCGUUCACGCCGUAUCAAUGAGCUGGAAGCAAUUAAUAAUCAAGUUAAGCUGCUUCUAGAAAUGGUUAAUUAUUUUGGGGUAGAAUCUUCUGCUGCUGACAAGGACGUGAUGAGAGAGCUAUAUGAAGCUUUAGAGAAGCAGAGACCCAAAUUGUUUCGCCUGGCCAGUGAUACAGAUGAAAAUGAAGCGGACGCUAUCAAUGAGAUCCUGAAAGUUAAUGAUGCUGUUACAAGAGCAAUGACAAUGUAUAUGUCUCGUGUCCAAGGUGUUGGGGAAGAAGAUGGAGUUGCUCAUGGAACCACCAGAGACACUACACUCUUGGACCUGGGAUUUGAAUAUGCUCCCCCUUGCCAAACACAGGUUCAGAGUGUUUUGGCUUCUGGUGCUUCAGCUUUGUUGCAGAAUAACUUUCAGAACCUAGGUUUAGAUGAUGCCUCAGGUUCAAGUUCUUUGCAUGAGCUCAGUGACCUGUUUGGGUCACAGCAGGCCAUUGGAGCACCAGGUGCUGCAUCCGUCAUUCCCCAGGAUCUAAGGAUGGGAGGUACAGGAAUACAAGUGCCGUUGACAGGGAUAUCGUCAUAUACCUUACAGCAAUCAGGUUCUGCUGUCACUCGACAAUCAACAGUUCAGCAACAGGAAGACCAUUUUAUAACAAAAGAUUUUUCUCCUUUCACCAUAUUUCCAGGAACUUCAUUUACAUCAAACACAUCAGCAGCACAGUGCAGAGUAUCACUUACCACAACAGCAAAUGUAUCACCAAUGGCUGAUUUGGAUCCACUGGGCAAAGCAUAUUUGGAGAAAAAAUACUCAAAAGAUUUGAUUUCUUCUGCUACAGGAACACCAGCAAAGUUGUCCCUAAACCAGAUGGGUGCUAGCAACAAGGCGGACAUGCCCACAUCAUUGUCACUUACUUCUCUGUCACAAAGACCGAUGCCUUUGUUUGAUCCUGGCUGCGUACCAACAACUAUUCCAAUUAUUUCUUCACCUAGUAUUGUAUCAGUCCCUAAUUCAAGCAGGAAUAAUGCAGCAGAGACAUCUGGUGGCCAUUUAGAUGAUCCUGUCUUUUCAGCUAUGGUUAGUGCUCGCCCUGGUCCUGUUUCAUCAACAGUGGAGUUGCUUCCUUUGACUGACAUGUUUGUUCCUCUUGAAAGUAUCACACCUGCAGAGGAUUUGCCUCCAGUUACAGUGUAUGACAAGAAUGGUCUCAAAUCCAUGAUCCACUUCAGUACAAACCAACCACGAGCUGAUGUUCUUGUGAUGGUGUUGUCAUCAAUCAGCACAAACACUAAGUCCAUCACAAAUUUUCUGUUUCAAGCUGCAGUGCCUAAGGUACCGUCCCAGCCUGUUUGAAAUUUGACAGCACCGACCAGCUCUCCAAAUGUGUCCAGUUAUGUGAUGAAAACACGAGGCUGAAAGCAGAAAUCCUGUGCACUCUGAAGAUGAUUGAAUCCUACUAGAGCUUCAGAUCUGCAGAAAAAUCAGCUGAUCUAUUCCGUCUCAUGUUUCCUGAUAGCCAGAUAGCACCAGAAUUCAAGUGUAAAACAAAAAGCAGAUACCUUAUUACAUUUGGUCUUGCUCCUGCAGUUUUGUAAACUGCUUCAGGACAUUGCAAAAUCUUCUUAUGAGUAUAUAAUUUUAUUUGAUGAAGAACCAGUAGCUGAUGAUCUUAGUCAAAUCUUGCACUGAAGGCACACAGAGUAAUUCUUAUUAACCAAUAUAUUAACAGUGAUGGAGGGUUGGAAAAUGUUGACAUUUGUAAACCACUGAUGAUAUCAGCUUUUAGUGCCUAUGGCAGGUACAAACCUUACAUAAGGUGACCAGACAUACCAAUUUAGGCAGGACAGUCCCGCCUGCUCAUAAAAUGUCCCAGCAGGAUGCCCAGUGUCCCGCUUUCAUCUAAAAAGUCGAUCAAUGUCCUGCGUGUAUUUAAAAAUCUGAUUGCAGUACAUUGAUUCACAUCCAUCCCUUUCAUUUCGGCUUUUGUCUAUUGCCGUUUUAUAAAUAAUUUCAAAUUUGUACUCUAGAUUACUGCCUUUGAGAGGAAAUCCCCACCACGCACCACGCACCACGCACCCCCUCUUUCACUUUGAUCUGCUCUCUUUGUUGGUGAUGAUACUAUGAUUGGCAUAUGUUCUGCUUUUGCUCCCAAAACAUCUGGUCACGUUAUGCAGCAGAAGGAAACAGAAGUAAAUGCACAGAAAGAGACUAGGAGAUGAUCUGGCAAUACUCAUAAAGAGGCUGAAGUCCACCAGUGACAAAGAAUGCCAACUGUUGGAACUGGCUGACAGAUGUUGUUUCCAGGCUCAAGAGCGAAAACAUUUUUUCACUCAUUGAAAGAUCCAACAAUCUGCAUUUGUUAGCCAAGAAGAAGACAAGAAGAAGGACAUUACAAAGAUUCAGUCAGACAUUGCCAGAUAAGAGAAAAAAAUAAAAAGGUGUUAAAUUGUAACAUUCAGAUGUUACUGAUGCUCAUUGCUGUGCCUUAUUCAGUUUGAGAUAAGCCUGUACAUUUAAAUUUUGUAAAUGUAUGCUGUGAAGUCGUGGAAUAUUAUUAAUAAAUUGACUGUUGCCUGACAAUUUGGAUUCAUUCUGUCUUUGGUUUAGCAUUAGGAGCACACUCUAUUCAUUCUUUUUUGAUCUUCCAAGCUUUGCAUUCCUUGUCACCUUGAUUUUUUUUUUUAAUUUGAUCCACACUUCUGGACUAUACUAGAUCUCCAAAUUCGCAACCCACUCUUCUUUCAAAAAGAAUUCGAAAAGUUAUCUCUUUCUUGAACCAGAGCCUUGAUCUUCUAGUACAUUGCAUGCACCUCUUUCUUUUUCUGUGUAUGCGAGAGAGAUGAACUAGGCUUUUGUAUUACAAUAAAGAAUGCCUUUCAGCUCUUGCAAUUAUUAUUAGUUACAUUUCUGGAAAACUUGGAACAUUAACAGUGUAUAUGAUCAGUGCAUUAAAGAGACUUUUGAAGUUAUCUAAGUAUGGCAGAUAGGCAUCUCAAUUAAUUCUGAGUUAUUACUAGGAUAGCAAUAUUUCAGAACAUGGAGAGGACCAAAGAUUCAUUCUUAUGAUACCUCUUUUCAACUGUACAUGAGAAAAACUGAAGCAUUAGUGACUGUCGCUUAGGUCCUUACAAUUUCAGGAAAGGUCCUUAUAACACAUAUUCCCAUGUUUCAUGAAGCGAGUUACCACCAAUUUAUCCUAGUUUCCCAGGACACUUUACUGUUUUACGUGUUUUAUUUAUUUGUUCCAGCAUUCAGAGUGUUCGCCAGUUUUUUUUUCACCAAAUAGCUCAUUAUUUUCCUUCUUUAAAUAAGCUACUUUUUUCUUUUUUUAUAGAUAGUAAAGCUCUGUCAUCCCAUUUUAAGUUUUAAUUCAAUUUACAGCCCGUUUUUAUAUUAGGAUUUUCAGAGACUACAAUACAUUUUAAAACUAUUUUCUGUUUCUCUAUCACCUUUUUGAUUAGUUUAUAUUGUUUACUUAGUCCUCUUCAUACCUGGGUACACAAGGCAUCCGAUAGAGACCUCCAUCUUUGUCAGCACCAGGUCUAGAUGUGUUGUUCCAGGACAGUCUCUGGUCUCUCUACUGACCUUCACCAUGUUUUGUUUGGUCAUUCACAUUUCCUCUUGCCAUCAGCUGUCCAAAGAAGGGCUCUUUUGGUUGGUGCCUCUGGUUUCAUUUUUCACACAUUCCCUACCCAUCCUAUCUUCUUUUUUUGGAUUAUGGCUUUGGUGCAGUAUAAGAUAUUUAAAUACAACAUUUUUCCUAGUGUUGAUAUUGUGAGAUCUUCCAUUCAGUCAUAAUGUAUUCUACAAUACAUGUUCUGU